GGCUGCUGAAGAUCGGGGAAGCUCUUUCCGCGGCUUCUCCAGACGCUCCGGCUCGUCCUCUCCUGCUCGUCCUCGGCAUGCGAGCUCUGCGGGUUCGCCCUGCCUGGUUGCCGAGGUCUCUGCUCGUCCCAGGCCUCUAAACGCCUGAUCGGAGCCGAGCGUCUCUUCGGCCGGCCUUGUGGAGGAAAGCUUCCCCGCUUCUUCCGUUGCUGCUGCACCAUGUCUGGGACUCGGAGCUGCGACGCCAAGAAAGAGGCGCAGGUGGAAGGUGGCGGCUCGUACCUGGAAGAAGGGCAGUGCGACUCGGGCAUCGGCUCAAUCCGUUCUCUGCACAGCCAGCUUGGCGAAGGCGAGCCCCGAUCUCCGUCAGCCCGAGGGCUCCCGUUGGACAAGGGUCCCGAUCCGCCAUGCAUUGGCAAGGAGGGAGCAGCAGACGCGGAUGAGAGGCUGGAUUCUAGUUAUGGCUCUUCGUCCCUCGUCGAGUCCUUGGCGGGGUGGGAAGGAGAGACCUCUAAGCCUAAAAAUGAGGAGGUGGAGGAGGGAGGAGGAGGAGAAGAAGGAGCAGAGGAGAGGCUCUGGCAGCAACUGCUGGAGGCUUUUGCUUUCGUAUCCGAGGACGGAGACACGUUGUUGCACCUGGCAAUCAUCCACUGUGUGCCCUCUUUAGCACUCUGCUGCAUUGCCCAGUUGCCUAUCGAGGUUUUGGAGAUCCAGAAUGACUUAUUCCAGACUCCGCUUCACCUGUCUGUGUACCUGGAGCAGUCCAGAGUGGUGCAAGCACUAGUCGUGAAAGGAGUGAACACAGCACUGCAAGACCGCAAUGGGAAUACCCCAAUGCACUUGGCCUGUGAGCAGCAGAAUCUGGAGUGUGUCCAGCUGCUGUUGCUGCAGGACCCGAUUUCAGAUAAGCACCUGGAGUCUAGAAAGACCCUUCAGGAUCUGCAACUCCAGAACUGGCAAGGUUUGACUUGCCUACACAUCAGCACCUUGAAAGGAAACCUGCCAUUGAUGUCAUUGCUGGUGAAGAAUGGGGCUGACAUUAAUGUUCAGGAUGGCACAAGUGGGAAGACCCCCCUGCACCUGGCAGUGGAAAACCAUGAUGAGACAGCUGUGAAGCACCUCCUGAAAAUGGGAGCCCAGGUGGAUGCCCAGAUGUACAAUGGUUGCACCCCAUUGCACCUGGCAGUAGGCAGGAAGGACGCUGCCAUUGCUGCCAUCCUCUGCCAUUCGGGGGCAGACACCUUGCUGCGGAAUAUGGAGGAUGAGACGGCCCAAGACCUGGCUGAUGGCAAUGAUGAUAUCCUUACACUCUUGCCUUUUGAUGACCUGAAAAUCUCAGGAAAGCCUGUCGUGUGCUCCAGCUGAGCAUCCUAAGACUUGAAUUGGAUAGUUAAUCUUUGGGAGAUGGACCAAACUGCUGCUGCUUUCAGUUGACAGGAGCAAAGCUGGCCAUGAUUUAGUCAUUUCCCUUAUUGCACAAUAUGAGCCUUUGUGCUUAUUCAGGCACUUUUGAUAGUACACAGGACUGUGGGAGCCGGUGCAAGAGGAAAAGUGCUCCUUGUACAUCAAUUUUCAUCCCUGGAUGGUGACGUGGAAUUUGCCUCCCUUUUGAGAGACUGAGUUCAGAAAGACGGGGCCUAUGCUUCCUCUACCUGCUUUGUAUAAAAUAGAAGAAAUCUGUAGAGACCAGAAAAGGAUGACUGUGUUUUUCCAGACUACACAGAGACUAGAGGUGGUGUCUUAGCCCACAUUCUUUUUCCUCCCUCCCACCCCUCCCCCGCAAGUCUGUGAUAGGGGGUUUCUGUCUCCAGUCUGAUAGAAUUGUUUCUUUUGUAAAGAUGCUUUCUUUCCACAUAAACAAUUUCCUGACCUGCACACUAUGGCUCAGGCCUUGUACACUGCCUUCAGAGGCCCCUCUAGGCUGCAUUGUUUUCAGGCUUCUAGUUCUGUGGUCUCCCGAUGCAGAAUUGCCCCCACCUCUCACUUUAGCUCCGCCUGUUGCCUCCCAUGGAAGAUAACCCUUGCAAAUGGAGCUGGCAGAACCAGAACUUACCUGUAGUGCUGCCAGGCUGCCUCUGGGACAGACCACUUGAAGGAUGGGCUGAUGGAGACAAAUGGGAUCUGAGUCGCUUUUGCUUCAAAUUAGCCAGUGUCCUUGAGCCCAGACCCAAUGGGAGCCCUGUUCUUUUUUAGCUCUAUUGAGAUUUACCAGCUAGUAUUACUGCUCAGGGAAGUGCCAGUUGACUAAACUGCUGUGCUGUAAAUACCACAUUUCCCUUGAAAUUGCAUUCUUAGCUGAAGCUGCAGUACAGCUCAUGAAGCAAGAAAGAGCAGGGAAAUGUCAGGGUUUGUCCGUCUUCAUCAGGGGUUGUAGGAUCCCACCUUGAACAUCACUCUUGUUCAUCUUGAACAUAAGCUUUGUAGCAGAUUUUUGUCAGGGACCAUUUUCCCAGCUUUUGUUGCCACUAGUGGGACAAGCUGCAUCAUUCCCUAGAACUGUUCUCUACAUCCUAAUUCAUGGUAAUUUAACAGUGCUGAGUUUAGGAUUGAAUCUGUUGGUCUUAACCAAGGGGUGAUCAGGCUUCCUUGCUUCCCUCUGCAUUUUCAGUGGUGAGAUUAGUGAUCCUAAGCCACCUGUUAGGAGAGCGUUGCAAAACAGGGUUUGGAAAUCAUGACCUGCAGAACUGAGGGGACUUUGGAUUGUUGUGUGUGCGUUUGUGUGUGUGUAGGGUGGCAUUUCCCCUGUUGACAGUUAUUCUGUUCCACCCAGAGGUGAUAAACUCUCUCUCUACAUGCUUGCUGAGGCUGUGAGAGAAGCAUUUGGGUCAUCAAGUGGCAGGAACAGGAGCUGCUUACAUGCAAACUUACUCUGGACAUGGGAAAUUCCCAGCUCCCUCCCUCCCACUAUUUGCUGCCUGGGAGCGGCUGUUUGUAACAUGGCAAGUCCCGGAUGGCGCAAUCAGCUGGGAUGUUUUAGGGAAAGGUUUUCCUCUUCUCUAUUUUUCAGAGGACAGGCUUCCAAGUAGCAACAACUGUAUGCACUGCAGUAACAUUUUCACCAAAGUUUUCCUUGAUCUUUGUAUUUUGUUUUGGCUUUAGAGCCUCCCUCCCCCCAGUCAAGUUUUGUUAUUUUAGAUUUCAAUUUUGUUUCUCUAUCUAUCUAUCUAUCUAUCUAUCUAUCUAUCUAUCUAUCUAUAUAAAACACUUAGGUAUGUUUCCGUAAAGGCUUCAGCUGAUACAGGUUGCUAAGCCCCUCUUCUGACUCCUCCAGGCUUUCCAAGGUAAUCCUACCCCCCUUUCUGCCUCUGCGCUCCCCCCACCCCCACAAAGGGGGCAGCGCCACGGUCCGGAGCAUGAGCGAGGCAUGACCAGGGCCCUUGGUGGCCGGGUGGGAGGCCGCUCGCCUGCUGCGAGCCCACGCCCUGGCCUAAUCUCAUGCAAGCCAGGUGGACAGCCCAAGGCUGAUAUGCUACAACAGCGUAUGUUAC